GUGAGGCUGGAGAGAAGUGAUGCUGGGGGGGUCGUCAGCGCAGAGCCAGCGCGGUGAACGAGCGGCGAGCGGGAGCGCGCGUAUAGGAAGGAAGGGAAGGAAGGAGCUGAGGCAGAUCAGUCGCCAGCGGAGCCCAAGACGGUGGAUGAACGGAGCCGAGCGUGUGUGUCGCCCUUGGUCGUUUAUUACAGCAGCCGAAAGCAGCGUCCGGCGGCGCGAAACCUGCCCCAAAAUGAUGCUCAAACUCGUCCAUCUCCUCGGGGUGCUCGUCUGCGGCAGCCAAGCCGCCCUGCAGGUGUCCAUAUCCUUGAACAAAGUGGAGUUAAGUGUCGGAGAGUCCAAGUUCUUCAUCUGCACAGCUAUCGGCGAGCCAGUGAGGCUGGAGUGGUACAACCCCCAGGGCGAGCGCAUCGUGUCGUCCAGGCGAAUGGCACUCCACACGGAGACGUCACGAUCCAGGCUCAUCAUUUACAACGCCAUCAUCGAGGACGCGGGUAUCUACCGCUGCCAGGCCACCGACGCCAGCGGUCACACCGAGGAGGCCUCAGUGGUGCUGGAGAUCUACCAGAGGCUGACGUUUCGGGAUGUUCAGUCACCGCAGGAGUUCCGCCACGGUGAGACGGCGGAGGUGGUGUGUGAUGUCAUUAGUUCACCGGUGCCCGUGGUGGUGUGGUACUACCAGGACAAAGAGAUCACGGAGGAGCACCACAGCAGGUUCCAGGUGCUGGCAAACAACAACCUCCAGAUCCAUCAGGUGACCAAGGCUGACGAGGGCGUGUACCGCUGCGAGGCCAGCGUCGAGGCUCGCGGCGAGAUCGAUUUUGUGGACAUCGCUGUGGUGGUCAACGUCCCUCCUGUGCUGUCAGUGUCCCAGCAGUCCUUCAAUGCCACAGCUGACUACCAGGAAUCAGUCACCUUUACUUGCAUCGCCUCUGGAUCUCCUGACCCUGUGGUCACAUGGCACAGGAAAGGCCAGCAGCUGGAGCAGUCAGAGCAGUACAUUUUCAACAGGCUGGAAGGAGGGCGCAGCAUGUUAACCAUCCGCAACAUCAGACAGGGCGACGGGGGUACCUACACUUGCAAGGCCACCAACAAGGCAGGAUCUCAGGAGAGGGAGCUCUUCCUCAAGGUGUUCGUCCAGCCCCAUAUCACCCAGCUGAAAAACGUGACAGCCGUAGAGGGCAGCGCCGCCAUGAUCUCCUGUGUGGCUGACGGCGAGCCUCUGCCCGACAUUUCCUGGAGGAGAGCCAGGGAUGGCCAGACCUUCGUUGACGGAGACAAGAGUCAGGACGGACGCUUUGAAGUCCGCGGACGUCACGGCAAGUCGGUGUUGACCAUCAGCGGCGUGAGGCUCACUGACUUGGGUCGAUUUGACUGCGAAGCACUCAGCAGGAUCGGAGGUCAUCAGAAGAGCAUGUACCUGGACAUUGAGUAUAUACCAAAGUUCCUGACCAACCACACCAUCUAUUACUCAUGGGAGGGGAACCCAGUGAACAUAAGCUGCGACGUGAUGUCCAACCCGCCUGCCACCAUGUUGUGGAGGAGAGAGCGCUUCACCAUCUCUGCAGAGGGAACCGCCAACACACGGGUGCACAGCGCGGAGGGCAAGUCUGUGCUGGAGGUGACACCUAUGUCCGACAGGGACUUCGGACGCUACAACUGCACAGCCAGAAACAACAUUGGAGUCCGAUACCAGGAGUUCAUUCUGGCCCAGGCAGAUGUACCGUCAAAUCCAUACUCAGUGCGUCUUUCAGCCGUUUCCCAGCGCUUGGCGACCGUCACCUUCAUGAAGCCCGACUCGCAUGGCGGCGUGCCCAUCAGCUACUACCUGGUCCAGUACAAGGAGGUUGGCUCACAGGACUGGAGGGAUGUCAAGUCACACAGUGUCCAGACGACAGUUGUGCUGACGGGGCUGGAGCCCAACACGACGUAUGAAGUUCGAGUAGCAGCUGUCAACGGAAAGGGUCAGGGAGAGUUCAGCCACACGGAGACCUUCCAGACUUUGCCCAUCCGAGAGCCGAGUCCGCCAGCGGUCCACGGGCAGAGAGGAAUGGGCAAGGCUUACAGGCUGGGGCUGGUCAAGCAGGACGAUGGAGGGAUGCCCAUCGUGGAGUACAUAGUCAAGUACAAGACUGAUAAAGAGGAACAGUGGAUGACCAAGCUAGUUCCAGGGGCGAAUGACUUUGCAAUGCUGCAGCCGCUGCAGUGGAACACGAGAUAUGAAGUGGAAAUCACAGCGCGCAACGUCAAGGGCCUGUCGGAGCCCACCUUCUAUCAGUUCUUCAUGCCACAGAAACCUGACAUUACAGCAGAAUCCCUGUUCAGCGGCCUGGGGCUGGGGGCUGUGGUGGGCCUCGGACUGGGAGCGCUUCUGCUACUGCUCGUGCUGGUGGACGUCAGCUGCUUCUUCCUGCGUCACUGCGGCCUGCUGAUGUGCAUCACGCGCACUCUGUGUAGCAAGAAAACAGCCACCAGUGGCAAGGGCAAAGAAAUAGAGGAGGGCAAGGCCGCCUACCUGAAGCUACCGCUGAAGGAGGAAAAUGGGAAAGAAUCUCUCAAGCCGGAUACGAUUGAAAUCAAAGUGCACAGUGACAACAGCAUCCACACAAAGGCCGACGACAGCAAAGCGUAAAAGGGUCGGUCCCCUCGCCACCAAAAGAACAUUCGGAUCAAGAGACCAAAACCCAGAGAAACUACAACACUGGAAAAAAGUGGAGUAAAAUACCAUAUCUGUUUAUAACAAUGCCCCAGUGAAAGGCAUGUGUAAAUACAAAUAAUAGGGAGAAAAUAGAAAGAGAGAAAGGGUCAACCUUUUAGACACCCUGAUUGAUAAAUAUAUCAAAAACAUGGCUUCAGUGGACGGCUUGUUGAUCAAUGAUUGUAUUUUAUUUGUCUCACUUUAUGUUGUUGGUUCAUAACUGUUGUUUUCCUUCCCACCCACAUAAGACUAAAUUCAAUGCAGUUAAAUGGUGAUCAGUCACUUCUGUAGCCCAAACUAUGACUUCUCACACAAUCACAGAUGCAGGCAAACCUGCUAUGCUAGUGUGCCCCUGAGCUAACAGCGCUAACGCCCUUCCUCUGUUUUUGUCGGAGCGAAUGCGCGGUCGAUAUCACGACGAUUUCCAAUGCCCGAGCGUUCCACCACAGCAACCUUUUUUAUGCUUUUUAAUAGCUUGGUGCUGAAGCGUUGUGUUUUUCGAGCUAGCUGGCUUCAGUAACAAAAGAGGUAAACCACUCUGAAUGAGGAGGUUUUGUUGCUUCAGGUUAACAUGUCGACAGGUUCUUGUGAAAGGGGAAAAACUGUAUGAAACAGGACCUAAUCAUUAAUCAUUAAGAGGAAUUCGGUCUUGAUAAAUGAUGACUAAUGUUUUCUGAAGGGCUAUUGUGGGUCGUGGUUUCUGUUGACAAAAAAAAAAAAGACAAAAAGAAAGAAUGUGUUGCAGUCUAUGAAUAAUGUGCACUGAUGUCAUUGUUAGUAAAAAAGCCUUUUAUAUUGACGCUGAAUAUUGUUGACGCUCAUUCUCUUAACGUGUGCAUUAGUAUGUUUUAUUCAUUGUUCAAACUGCAAACGAUAUUCAGUAGAGUAUACUGUUGCCAGUUGUUGGUUAAAUGCAACAUGAGUAUUGAAAAAAAAAAAAAACGAUGUCCCACAAAUGGUGUCAUGUAAUUGUUGCUGUCUGUAGGAAAAGCAGACUCGACUACGGGAACAAACGAGUGUGCCGAUGAGAACUGAAUCAACACGUUUU